CAUAAAUUUCCAUCACAAACAAAAUAAAAACUACAAGAGUUAGAAACUGAAAAUGAUGGCCAAUGUUGUUAAUCCAAGCCGCGUGUAUGAAGAUUACGACCCUCCAUCUGAUCUCGUUCCAGAAGAACGAUGUGACACUAUCCUCAUUUAUCUCCCUGGGUAUAAGAAGGAGCAACUGAGAGUUCAAUUAACAACAUCGCGCAUUCUGAAGAUAAGUGGAGAACGCCAAAUUGGUGACAACAAAUGGAGGCGUUUUAACAAGGAAUUUCGUGUCCCAGCUAAUUGUGACACCAAAGAUAUCACGGCUAAAUUUGAGGGUGGCAUACUUUAUAUCAGGCAGCCGAAAUUGAUCACCCCUGCAGGACCACCUGAACAGCCUGCAGACAAAGUAAAAUCAGCAUCAGCAGCAUCAGCAUCAGAAGCUCUAAAGCCCCCAUCAUCACAACAAGCCCCUGGUCUACCACCACCACCACCACCUCAACAAGCUCCUGGUCUGCCUCCACCACCACCUCCACCUCCACCGCAUCAGCAUGCUCCUCGUAAUAUGCCUCAACCUCAACAGCAGCUACGAGCUUCUGAUCUACCACAGCCUCAGCCUCAGCCUCAACCACAAGCUCCCUUGCUACAACCUCAGUUGCAGAAGCAUGCUCCUCAAAAGGGUUCGGAGGAGGAGAAGAUGAAGAGAACGGUAAAAGAGGAAGAUACAAUUUCGAAAGAGAAGAGAGGAAAUUUUCCUAAAAAGGAUGAACAAGGAAAAGAUCAAUGUGGAUUAUCACAUAAGCCAAAACAAAUGGUUGGUACAAGAGCAAGAGGGUUUUAUAGAGAGCUGAGGAUGCCAGAAAAUCUCAAAAGGCUGGUUGUUUCUGUUAUACUUGUUCUCAGCAUUGGCCUCUAUACUACCUACAUGUUCAAAUCAUUCGCGAGGGAUGACAAUGAACUAUAAUUCACACAGAAAUACCCAAUAAUGGCAUGCCAGAUUAAAGAGUUGAUUGUUUCAUAUGUAAAUACAAUCAAGGGAGCGUAAAAAAAUCAGAUAUAUACUCAUCUGACCUAAAAUGUAAAUGGUUUUCGCUUCCUCAUGGAUACUGUUAUUCAACAAUGCACAUUCAAGCUAUAAUUGUAAUUAUAUUCUUGUUCAGUAACAUCAUUAUAUGGUUUCUCCUCUUUUA